AUGCGCAGGUGCCUUAUUUUGCCUGUUUUGACUACAGCGAGCAAAAGCAGCUUUGCUUCGUGCCGCCACAGCAGCAGCGGUGAUGGAAGAAAUGGCGGUCUCGGCAGCAGCGCUAGCAGCAGCGCUACCACCAUAAGAGAAAGCAUGAAGUCGGCAGGAUUUAACUUUAACACCCCCAACUUCUGCCUUGAGGGCGCGACUGAGUCAGAUGUUGCCGACACGGCAGGUGAACUUAUCACAAGCCCAGUGACUUCCCUCAACUUCGUGCGUGACAUGUACGGCCCGUGGUUGGUGCUGACGGAGGAAAUACAGGGUGAAUUGUUCAUUGACCACGACAAGAUGGUGUACCUCCGCCCUGCAAACGGCCUUGGAUUCGGUGUUGGUCGCAUAGACACUGGAGAGCCGUGUUCGUCAGGCACAGCCUUUCUCAUGAGCCUAGAAUGGUACACAUAUCCGGCAACAACGUCAAUGCCCCCAAAUAACGCCUGUAAAACCGAAGUCACUGGCGUGGUGAAACAUGUACACUCAUCUUCCAUGGAUUACAGCACAUUCACCCUAGUCGCCUCGUGGCGAAGCAGCAGCGGCACUAGUGGGAAAUUCAACGCGGCAAAACUCUCGCCUUGGGACCCAGUGGGAGGCGUGAAGCGCUGGACACCUAACGGUGACCUAAUGCAAGUAUUCCAUCAGGUAUUCCCCACCCCACUGAGGCUAACCUCUCAUAUCAAACGGGCGACAGCAGCCCGUCAAGUGGGAAGCCGGUCUGGUGGUUUAGGCGAAGGGGAAUUGGGUUCGUCCCCGCACCACUUAUCGUUAGAACAGUAUCGCGUCGGAGAACUACCCGACUUGUACUACAUUCCCAACUAUAUUUCAGAGGAAGAGGAACAGGAAAUGAUGGAAGCUGUUCGUAGCACACCACGCGAACUGAAAACGCAGCUUACCAAGCGCACUGUACAAGAAUGGGGUUGCAGUAUGUGCGAGACAUGCAAUAAGAGCUUCGUAUCCGAUCGUAACAUGCCCCCUUGGGUGGAGGCUUGUACCGACAUGCAGGUGUACGAUGGUAUCUUCACACCCUCCGUGUUCCCUAACAGUGUACGAGUGCAUGAAUACCACCCACACGAGGGCAUCGCCCCGCAUUGCGAUGGUCCCAUUUAUGUACCGCGCGUGUCGGUGCUUUCGCUUGGCACUCCGUGCGUGAUGUUUUUCUACUCCCGCCGUGAGCCUUACUCCGAGCCAAUGGAACACUACAACGAUACUUUCCGCUUCAAAGAGGGUAUCGCCAAAGAAUCACCGAUUCAAUCGGUGGUGUUAGAGCCCCGCUCCCUUUUGGUGUUUGCCGGUGAUGUCUUUCACUACUAUCCACACGGAACCUGCGACAGGAAAAUAGUCCCCUUAACAACGGAGGUGGCGGGUCGGGUAGUGAAUAGACAUCUUCUUCAGGAUCCAGACAUAAAGGAAGUGCACAAAGGUUUCCGCGUGAGUGUCACUACGCGCAAUCUCCUUCCACGGUGCAACCACCAGCCGGAACGGACUGAGUACGGGAUGAAACGCGCAUGGUUUAUUUACAACCAACUGCCCGUGCCGCAGCAGCUGUUCACUUCACCGCCUUUGGCUCCGGAUGCUAAGACUGGAAAUGCGGGGGGUGAAGAGAAAGCGAAGCCAUUUGACGCUUCAGCAGGAAAAUCAGCAGCAGGAAGUGCACACCCGGGCACUGAUGAGAAUAUGGCAAAUAUCGAAAAGAAGUUGGACCAGUUACUCAAACAGCAAAACGCGUUGUCACAGCAGUUGGACGAAGUGCGGCAACUAAUAGCGGGAGAUGCAGGUUUCCGUCACGAGGUAUCGACUGUGUUGGGUCAUCUCACCUCAACUGUCCUGCAGAUAGAAAGCAAGUUGGAAGAGUUGGAGGAUAAUCGCGCACGUGAGAUGGGCGAAACCGGCGGCCAGCCAACUGCGUAA